GCACUGGUGCAUUCCUUAUUGUUGUUGAUACGAUUACGUGAAUAUUUGUGGAAAGUUUCGUCUGUUCGGGCCAAAAAUGUUUUCACGCUCACGAACUCUCGGGCCGGCGAUGGGCCGAUGCUACACCCAAAUCAAGGGCGGCUCCAAUCCAGCAGGCCGCAGCAGUGGAGCAGGCGCUCCUCCGUCCAGUUCCAAAGUAACGGGCCUGAGCAGCAACUGCGUGAAACCUACAUCAGCUCCUGUGGGACCAGGCGCUUCAGCAUCCAGCGGCUACAAAGUUCCCGAAUACUUCUCCUUUAACCGAUUCAGCUUCGCUGAAGCCGAGGUGGAAAUGGCCAAGUACCGCUGCCCACAGCCAUCUGCGCUGAAGAAGUAGUGGCGUGGAGUGGAGUAUUCCAAGGAGAUUGCGAAACCAAAUGUAGUAAAUGUAUAAUAAACGGAACGUUUCUUAAGCCAGCCUCAAUAUCAGA